UAGCAGGCGCCUCCCGCCCCCUGCAUUGCUGAUGCUGCUACUGGCAGACAUGGACGUGGUGAAUCAGCUGGUAGCUGGGGGUCAGUUCCGGGUGGUGAAGGAGCCCCUAGGCUUCGUGAAGGUGCUGCAAUGGGUCUUUGCCAUCUUCGCCUUUGCCACAUGCGGCAGCUACAACGGGGAGCUCCGGCUGAGCGUGGAGUGUGCCAACAAGACGGAGAGUGACCUCAGCAUCGAGGUUGAGUUCGAGUACCCCUUCAGGCUGCACCAAGUGUACUUUGAUGCACCAAACUGCCGAGGGGGCACAACUAAGGUCUUCCUAGUGGGGGACUACUCCUCAUCGGCCGAAUUCUUUGUCACUGUGGCCGUGUUUGCCUUCCUCUACUCCAUGGGGGCUCUGGCCACCUACAUCUUCCUGCAGAACAAGUACCGAGAGAACAACAAAGGGCCCAUGAUGGACUUUCUGGCCACGGCAGUGUUUGCCUUCAUGUGGCUAGUUAGCUCAUCAGCAUGGGCCAAGGGGCUGUCAGACGUGAAGAUGGCCACGGAUCCAGAAAACAUUAUCAAGCAGAUGCCUAUCUGCAGCCAGACAGAAAUCACAUGCAAGGAACUGAGGGAUCCUGUGACCUCAGGGCUCAACACCUCAGUGGUGUUCGGCUUCCUGAACCUGGUGCUCUGGAUCGGCAACCUGUGGUUCGUGUUCAAGGAGACAGGCUGGGCCGCCCCGUUCCUGCGUGCGCCUCCCGGCGCCCCUGAGAAGCAACCCGCACCCGGGGACGCCUAUGGCGAUGCGGGCUACGGGCAGGGCCCCGGCGGGUACGGGCCCCAAGACUCCUACGGGCCCCAGGGCGGCUACCAGCCCGACUACGGGCAGCCCGCCGUUGGCGGUGGCGGUGGCUACGGGCCUCAGGGCGACUAUGGGCAGCAAGGCUACGGCCCUCAGGGUGCGCCCACCUCCUUCUCCAAUCAGAUGUAGUCUGGUCAGUGCAGCCCGGGAGGACCCCAUGGGUGGGCAAGAGCUCAGAGAAAGCCUGCCCCCCCUUCCCACCCCUACACCCUAGGUCUCCACCCCUCAAGCCAGGAGACCCUAACUGUCUUUGCUGUUUAUAUAUAUAUAUAUAUAUAUAUAUUAUAUAUAAAUAUCUAUUUAUCUGUCUGAGCCCCACCCUCACUUCACUCCCUUCAUGCACUAGGGGCCCAGUCUUGAGUGGGCCCCUCUCUUACUCCUACCCCUUCUCCUGCAUCCCUGUUCCGCGGCCCUGUCCCCUGAGGUUAGGGGGCUCUGAAAGGGGGGCAGGGAAGGGACAGACCUCUGCUGAGUGGGGAGGGUGGGCGUGACUUCAGACUCUGUCCCCUAUUUCCCCCCCUUCUUUCAACUCUGGCCUUGGUUCCUCCAGAAAUGCCUGAACAGAGACCAUUAGGGAAAAUUCAACCCAAGGAUGGGAGAAAGGCAAAGAUAGGGGGGUGGGAGGGCAGUUUGAAAGGACAACUUAGGAUCCAAGGUGGUCUUGGAGGGGAGCUCCGGAGUGGAGGGGCCAGCAGUGGGUUGGGUUCUAGACAUACUGGAGCUGGAGUCUAAAGGAGAGGGGUGACCUAGGCUGAGGGCGUGGAUCUGGAAGGGGCGGGGCUUGGAGUAGGACAGGGUUCCAUGGAAGGGAUGUGACUUGGGACGUGGGGACAGGGUUUGAAAGAAUGCUGAGGGUAUCUAGAAAGAGUGGGACCUGAACCAGGCAGUGGGUGAGGCUCCAGAGUGGGCGGGUCUUGGAAAGGGGCCAGAGCCUGUGGAAGGGGUGUGGCUUGGAAUAUUCAGGAGACUGAACUUGAUUCUAAAGGGGAUAGAUCUUGAGCAAGGCAAGAAGUGGGAUUCAGGAAGGGGCCGACCUUGGGGUGAAGUCCUGGCCAGGGUUCCAGGCGGGCCGGGUCUUAGAGUGGGGCGUAAGGGUUGUUUCAGAAGGGGCAACCCCCCCCUCACUAUGACAGUGAAGAAAAUGUUCUAAAGAGGACAGGUUUGGGAAGUAGGUGUUGGGGGAUUUGAUUAGGAACUGCAGGAUGGAUUUUGUUAGGCGUGGGGGUGGGAAUGACCCUGGCCAAAACGGGACCGAAGUGGCCUAGAAAGAGCUGAGUGAUAUGACUUGGAGGAUGAGGGGUGAGAUCCAGGGAGAAGCACCCCCCACACCCUUGCCCACCCCCGUGAUGAGACAGCUAGGUAAUCAGAGGACAGAGCCAACCGGUCUGUGGGGCUGGCCCACCCCUCUUUCCCCCUUCCCCUGCCCCCUCCCUCAACACUCCCACCCAUCCUGGGGUGGUUGGAGACCCGGUCUGGAGCCCCUAUCCUGCACCCUCUGCUGUGUCUGUGAUGUCGGUAGUGCCUGUGAUCGUGUGUUGCCAUUUUGUCUGGCUGUGGCCCCUUUCCCUCCCCUCCAGAUCCCCACCCUUUCCUGCGCCCUUCGGUAUUGUUCGAAGACCCCCUCCCCAAGGAAGAACAAAUGACUAAUUCCCCUCCCCCAAAUAAACUCCUCAACCAUCUAGUCCACCCGG